AUGAAGAAAAUUCCACGGCAUCCGCAGCCCCAGCCCAUUCGUCUGCCAGCUGCAGAGGAGAGUCUGAAGUCAACCCAUCCGUUCCUUGUCGGAAGUAAAGAUGAGUCUAAGUUUCUUGGCUGCACAACGCGCGUGACAUUCCCUGCUUUGACGCGCCACCAGAUGGCGCACGGCAAAAGCUCUAUUAGCCCGUUGCCGGAAAUUGUUUGCGAACGAUUGCCGAUUGUCAGUCAUGGGGACGUACUGAAUGCCAGUGCCGGCGUGCAGAACGACUCAUCCUCCGUGGAUAGAGCGUCAGAUAGAUCCCUCACGGAUAUUUACCUUGGCACGUCAUUGCGCACUACGGAAAACGACGAAAAUGAGGGACAAGAUGCGAAAGAAAUGCAGGAAUUCCUUUUAAACGCAUUCCCUGAGUCGUUGAAACAUAUCGCCACAGAUGAGGCGAGCGCAGAAUGCCUCGCUUCAGAAAGCGUGGAGGGGGUAACCGACAGCGGGUACCAUCGGCAAUUCACGGAAUUUGUUCUUCGUGAUGUGUAUGAGCUGUUGUCGCGAGCUGCAGCUGCCCAUGAGGUACGUCUGCGUUACCUAAUACGGCAGAAUAUGAUGGAUAUGGAAGGGACAAACUCUAAAUUACCUGAGGCAGCUAUGAUAGAUGAAAGUACACGUAGUCUUUCUGAGUGGAAUGAUGUGUGGUAUCAAGCUCCAAAUCCCGCAAGUGGAGUACUUGUGGCAGUUACUGUGCGUCCACCGCGGUUCGCGGCGGGAAUGGUGUGGAAUGGGAACGAUUCUUUCUUACUUGGUGGAACGGCUUUUUUGCAGGAAGGCCGUAUUCUACAGAUUUGGUUACCAUUUGGCAAUAAAUCCCCUGAGAGCUCCAAAACAAUGCCCGUGAAUAGUGGGAAUCAGAUGAGCUACAAUAAUAGUGUCACAGGAGGUGCCUGGGGCAGCUGUCAGAGGUUUCAGGUUCGCCUGCUUCUUCGAGAGUUUCUGUCAGUUUCCAAGGUGGGAAUGGGCUCCAUGAUGCAAACCUUUUCGCUCAUUCCUGAAAAUGUAUCUGUGAAAGUUACGCGAAAUCAGGCCCUGCAGUAUGGACUUAUCCAAAGUGUCUUGGAUCAGUGCGCACCUGGGGCGGUGUCACGUGCCUUCUCACUCCAACUGCUUUUACCAACAAAAUUAAGGAAUGGGAUUAUUUUAUCUUGCGUGGACGAUGCGGCGGGAUCCAGCCAUGGGCUUAACCAGACGACACCGGGCUCUCAAGUCGACGAUGAAGAAGAGCAGAGAAAUAAACCUGAUGGCAGUCACUCCUCUUCCGUGAUUUGGAGCCUCUCCUCAACGUUGACGAAAAAAGGCCCUGUCGAAGCAAAGACGUUUCGACGUCAGCCAUUGGGCGAUGAGGCCUACCUGGUCUACACGAACCCGAAGCUUUACGCGUUGGUAAUGAAACAUUCUCCAGCCACUCUUACGGCCAAUGCGAACGUUAUCCGCGAAUACCUUCAGUAUAGUCAACGUCUUUUUCUUUACCAAUUGAUGAAGCGAUUGCUCGCUGCCACUCGCACGAUACAACGUUUUUUCCGUCACUGUAUUGCGAAAAGGGAACGUGCGGUGAACCGAAUGUUGCGACUCUGGGGGAAGCUUGAACUGGACAGCAGAGAUGAACUGAAAAAGUACACGAAUGCUUGUGCCACGACGGAUCGUCUUGGUUUUAUUGUUGCAUCGGUCCUUUGGCAACACGUUAUUACAACGAAGGAAUACAAGAUGGCCAUGUUGGAGGAACAAUUUUCCUUGCGGCGGGUGGCGUAUCGAAAGUGGUGUGCGCAGCGUCUAGAGGAAGACCGAGCGAAGCUUGAAAUUACCCGAAAAGGAAGCUUGUCCGUGGGUCUCAUGACAGAUGUAAAGAAAAAUAAGAAGUCAAAAAGAGCUAGUCAUGUUGAAGUGGAGAAAAUGCCUGCAGUGCGUGGAGGAAGGGUGGUUGAUGUUGCUUUGUUGAAGGCAAAUAAUCAAUGGAUUUUGAAGUGGGGGGAUGUCAUACACGCCCGUUUUGGGUGGUACAUUGACCCCGAGGAGUUGUUGCAGGAAUAUCACCGCCGAUUGCUGAUUUCUCUCCGGAACUCCAUUCUUCGAAUGGCGGAGGUGCAGGAAGAGUUGAAGAAAAAUAGUAAAACAAUGGCUUUAUCGCCGCUUUGA